AUGCCGGCUGAGCUGCUGCUGCUGCUGAUUGUCGCCUUUGCCAGCCCCAGCUGCCAGGUGCUCUCAUCACUGCGCAUGGCUGCAAUCCUGGAUGAUCAGACGGUGUGUGGCCGUGGUGAGCGUCUGGCCCUGGCCCUGGCCCGGGAGCAGAUCAACGGGAUCAUCGAAGUCCCAGCCAAGGCCCGAGUGGAAGUAGACAUCUUUGAGCUGCAGCGGGACAGCCAGUACGAGACCACGGACACCAUGUGUCAGAUCCUGCCUAAGGGGGUCGUGUCUGUCCUGGGGCCUUCCUCCAGCCCUGCAUCUGCUUCCACCGUGAGCCAUAUCUGUGGGGAGAAAGAGAUCCCCCACAUCAAGGUGGGUCCCGAGGAGACGCCUCGCCUCCAGUACCUUCGUUUUGCAUCUGUCAGCCUGUACCCCAGUAACGAGGAUGUCAGCCUGGCCGUCUCCCGAAUCCUCAAGUCAUUCAACUACCCCUCGGCCAGCCUCAUCUGCGCCAAGGCCGAGUGCCUGUUGCGGUUGGAGGAGCUGGUUCGAGGCUUUCUCAUCUCCAAGGAGACGCUGUCAGUGAGGAUGCUGGAUGACAGCCGGGACCCCACACCACUGCUCAAGGAGAUCCGAGAUGACAAGGUGUCCACCAUUAUCAUCGACGCCAACGCCUCCAUCUCCCACCUCAUCCUCCGUAAGGCCUCAGAGCUAGGCAUGAUCUCAGCGUUUUACAAGUACAUCCUCACCACCAUGGACUUCCCCAUCCUGCACCUGGACGGGAUUGUGGAGGACUCCUCCAACAUCCUGGGCUUCUCCAUGUUCAACACCUCGCACCCCUUCUACCCCGAGUUUGUGCGCAGCCUCAACAUGUCCUGGAGAGAGAACUGCGAAGCCAGCACCUACCCGGGACCUGCGCUGUCGGCUGCCCUGAUGUUUGAUGCUGUGCAUGUGGUGGUGAGCGCCGUCCGAGAGCUGAACCGCAGCCAGGAGAUCGGUGUGAAGCCACUGGCCUGUACGUCGUCCAACAUUUGGCCCCAUGGGACCAGCCUCAUGAACUACCUGCGCAUGGUAGAGUAUGACGGGCUGACCGGGCGGGUCGAAUUCAACAGCAAAGGGCAAAGGACCAACUACACUCUGCGUAUCCUAGAGAAGUCCCCGCAGGGCCACCGUGAGAUUGGGGUGUGGUACUCUAACCGGACCCUGGCCAUGAACGCCACCACCCUGGACAUCAACCUGUCACAGACGCUGGCCAACAAGACGCUGGUGGUCACGACCAUUUUGGAAAAUCCAUACGUCAUGCGCAGGCCCAACUUCCAGGCCCUGUCGGGAAAUGAGCGCUUUGAGGGCUUCUGCGUGGACAUGCUGCGGGAGCUGGCUGAGCUGCUGCGCUUCCGCUAUCGUCUGCGGCUGGUGGAGGACGGGCUGUACGGGGCACCCGAGCCCAAUGGCUCCUGGACGGGCAUGGUUGGCGAGCUCAUCAACCGGCAGAAGGCAGACCUGGCUGUGGCUGCAUUCACCAUCACAGCCGAGCGGGAAAAGGUCAUCGACUUCUCCAAACCCUUCAUGACCCUGGGGAUCAGCAUCCUCUACCGAGUGCACAUGGGGCGCAAGCCUGGCUACUUCUCCUUCCUGGACCCCUUCUCCCCUGCUGUGUGGCUCUUCAUGCUUCUUGCCUACCUGGCCGUCAGCUGCAUCCUGUUCCUAGCUGCCAGGCUGAGCCCCUACGAGUGGUAUAACCCACACCCAUGCCUGCGGGCGCGCCCCCACAUCCUAGAGAACCAGUACACGCUGGGCAACAGCCUCUGGUUCCCUGUCGGGGGCUUCAUGCAGCAGGGCUCGGAGAUCAUGCCCCGGGCGCUGUCCACUCGCUGCGUCAGCGGAGUCUGGUGGGCCUUCACCUUGAUCAUCAUCUCCUCCUACACGGCCAACCUGGCCGCCUUCCUCACCGUGCAGCGCAUGGAGGUGCCUGUGGAGUCGGCUGACGACCUGGCAGAUCAGACCAACAUUGAGUAUGGCACCAUCCACGCUGGCUCCACCAUGACCUUCUUCCAGAAUUCACGGUACCAGACGUACCAGCGCAUGUGGAACUACAUGCAGUCGAAGCAGCCCAGCGUGUUUGUCAAGAGCACGGAGGAGGGCAUCGCCCGGGUCCUCAACUCUCGCUAUGCCUUCCUGCUCGAGUCCACCAUGAACGAAUACCACCGGCGCCUCAACUGCAACCUCACCCAGAUCGGGGGCCUCCUCGACACCAAGGGCUACGGCAUCGGCAUGCCGCUGGGCUCGCCGUUCCGGGACGAGAUCACGCUGGCCAUCCUGCAGCUCCAAGAGAACAACCGGCUGGAGAUCCUGAAGCGCAAGUGGUGGGAGGGCAGCCGGUGCCCUAAGGAGGAGGACCGUCGCGCUAAAGGUCUGGGCAUGGAGAACAUUGGCGGCAUUUUUGUCGUGCUUAUCUGUGGCCUCAUCAUUGCUGUCUUCGUGGCCGUCAUGGAGUUUAUAUGGUCCACGCGGAGGUCGGCAGAGUCCGAAGAGGUGUCGGUGUGCCAGGAGAUGCUGCAGGAGCUGCGGCACGCCGUGUCCUGCCGCAAGACGUCUCGUUCCCGCCGGCGCCGGCGCCCGGGGGCCCCGACCCGGGCCCUGCUCUCGUUGCGCGCCGUCCGCGAGAUGCGCCUCAGCAACGGCAAGCUCUACUCGGCCGGCGCGGGCGGGGACGCGGGCGGCGCGCACGGGGGCCCUCAGCGCCUCCUGGACGACCCGGGGCCGCCAGGCGGGGCCCGGCCCCUCACCUCCACCCCCUGCACCCACGUGCGCGUCUGCCAGGAGUGCCGGCGCAUCCAGGCGCUGCGGACGUCCGGGACCGGCGCGCCCCCGCGUGGCCUGGGAGCCCCCGCCGAGGCCGCCAGUCCGCCACGGCCGCGACCUGGCCCGCGCGAGCUCGCCGAGCACGAGUGA